AUGCUGUCUCUCCUGCUGAUCCUCUCAGGUCUGGGCCGGCUGACCUCCGCGGGCCCUCAUCUUGAAACAUCGCUUCUACAAAUUACAGUGCCACGGAAGAUUGAGACAAAUACCAGUGAUGGUGAAAUUUCGGAAACGCAUGUCACUUAUACCAUCCAAAUUGACAGGAAAACAUAUACUUUCCAUCUUAAAAAACAGUCAUUUUUAGACCCUCAUUUCCUGGUAUAUGCAUACAACAAAUCAGGAACAUUGUAUCCAGAUUCUUCAUUUAUAAAGGGCCAUUGCUUUUAUCAAGGAUAUGCCACAGAAGUUCCAAAAUCAGCUGUGAUGCUUAGCAUCUGUUCUGGACUCAGGGGAUCUUUGCAAUUGGAGAAUGUCAGUUAUGGCAUUGAGCCAUUGGAAUCUACAACUGUAUAUGAGCACAUGCUUUAUCAAAUAAAUAAUGAUAAAAUUGACUUUUCUCCCUCAAAAGAAAAUUUUCUUAUGCCCCAUUUGGUACAAAAGUCCUACAAGAUCCUUGUGAAAUCAAAAAAAGAUUCAGAUGAACUUUUGGAAAAAAUUCUGAAAAUACAAAUCAUUAUGGAUAAAGCUUUGUUUGAUUAUAUGGGCUCUGAAGUGGCAGUUGCAGCUGAGAAAGUUGUCCAUAUCUUUGGUCUUAUCAACAUUAUGUUUUCCCAGCUUAAGGUGACUGUCAAGCUAACUUCUUUGGAGCUCUGGUCUGAUCAAAAUAAGAUUUCAACUAAGGGGAAUGCUGAGGAAGUACUACAAAGAUUUGUGUCAUGGAAAGAACGAUUUUUGUUUCAAAGAUCUCAUGAUAUGGCAUACUUAUUAAUUUAUAGGGAUCAUCCUAAUUAUGUAGGAGCAACAUAUCAUGGAAUGGCAUGCAAUCCAAAGUUUGCUGCAGGAAUUGCUCUGUAUCCACAGACGAUAACUUUAGAGGCAUUUUCAGUUGUUAUGACACAGUUGCUUGGAGUUAGUCUGGGAUUAACAUAUAAUAAUGACAUCUUCACUUGUUACUGCCCAGGAACUACAUGCAUAAUGAACAGCAAAGCAAUACGUUCCCAUGGUGUAAAGUUUUUUAGCAGUUGCAGCAUGGAUGAAUUUAAACGUAUGAUUUCACAGCCUGAAUUUGAAUGUCUUCAGAAUCAAAUAGUUUCAGAAGUGGUUUACCAAGGAAGAUACUCACUUUGUGGCAAUGGAAUUUUGGAACCGCCAGAACAAUGUGAUUGUGGUGGUACAGAGCAUUGCAGAGAAUUUCAAAAAUGCUGUAAUCCUGCAGAUUGUACUCUGACUGAAUUUGCAGAUUGUGGCACUGGACCGUGCUGUGAUAGAGAAACUUGCCUGAUAUCUGUAAGAGGAACUGUAUGUCGGGAAAGCAAAGAUCCAUGUGAUUUUCCAGAAUUUUGUGAUGGAAAAAGUGAAUUUUGUGUACCUGAUACGAAAUCUGCUGAUUUAGAACCAUGCAAUAAUAAGACUGCCUAUUGCUAUAAUGGAGUAUGCCAAGAUACAGAUAAACAGUGUGCAGACUUAUUUGGAAAAUUUGCAAAGGGUUCUACUUUUCUGUGUACACAAGAAGUAAAUAUGCAGGAAGAUGAUUUUGGAAACUGUAGAAGAAACUUUUGUAAUUUUAAGGAUAUCCUUUGUGGAAAGAUAGUUUGUCACUGGACACGUUUAGAAAUAAUACCAUUUAAAAAAUUUGAUAUUCAAUAUACUUACAUGGAAGGCCAUCUGUGUGUCUCUGCAUAUUUAAGAGUACCAACAAAAUAUGUAACAGAAGAUUUUACCUAUACUUCAAAUGGCACUAUGUGUGGUCCAAAUAAGUAUUGUGAUACGGGACGUUGUAUUCCUAGGAGUUUGUACUCACGGAGAACAAAUUGUGAUGCAAAUAUAAACUGCAGUGGACAUGGGGUUUGCAAUAAUUUUCUUCAUUGUCACUGUGAUGUUGGAUAUUCUCCUCCACUUUGCAUACCGUCACGAUCAUCAAAAGGAGGAAGUAUUGAUGAUGGGUUUUGGAGUAAAGCAUCUAACGAGAAGUACCUGCCUAUAAAACGACGCCCUCCUUCUCGAAAAAAUAACUUCUUGUUUGGUUUCUACAUUUUUCUGCCUCUCCUUGUUUUAACCGCCAUCAUUGCUUUUAAAUGCAAUAAAAAAAGAUUUGGGGACCGAGAGGGAACAGCAACUGAUGGGUUUAUAUCAGAAGACAGCGAUAGUAACAGCACCAUGUCAUAG